CCCAUUCUCGCCAUCUGAACUAAACAAGUUACACAACCUGGGAUAAGGGGGAUAUUUUACUCGGGACGAGCUUGAGAUACCUCUCAAGUCUCCUUUUCAGAAUAUUCACUCUCCCACAAUAUACAAGUUCAACAUCUAUUCGAUUGAGUUUUAGUUCCGGUCCCGUUUCGCCAUCAUGGCCAUCGCAAGGCCUAUCCGGCUCCUUGGAGCAGUUGGAAUCUUAGGGGUUCUGCUGGUCCUGUACAAAUUUUCGCAUUCGACAACCGGCGGAUUUACGCCUGUUGGCACAGAUAAAAUAUCAGAUAUGAAAAGGGAUCCCUUACUAGAUCCAACGGGAGAACCUGAAGGUAUAUUAUGGCGAGCCGAGGAGCACGAUUAUUCCCCCGAAAGCGAGAAUUCCGCACGUAUCAAUGCGACGCUUCUGUCGUUGGUUCGCAAUCAAGAGCUCACUGAACUUGUCACGACAAUGAAGGACCUGGAACGUACAUGGAACCACAAAUUCAAUUACCCAUGGACAUUCUUGAACGACGAACCUUUUACGCCUGAGUUUAAGAAAAGAACUCAGGAGGUCACAAAGGCGAAAUGCUAUUAUGAACAAGUCCCCAAAGACCACUGGGAAGCUCCCGAAUGGAUCGACGACGAGUUAGUCAAAGAAUCGAAUAAAAUCUUAGAAGAGAAUAAUAUCCAAUACAGCGACAAACCUUCAUACCACAAAAUGUGUCGAUGGAACAGCGGCAUGUUCUACAAGCACCCAGCUCUGGCCAACACUCGAUACUAUUGGCGAGUCGAACCGAAUGUUCAAUUUUUCUGCAACGUUGACUACGACGUCUUUAGAUAUAUGCAAGAUUACAACAAGACAUAUGGAUUCACAAUCAACCUCUUCGAUGCGCCGGAAAGUCUGCCCACUCUCUGGCCCGAGACUGAACGGUUCCUUGCCGAACAUCCCGAAUAUAUUAGCGAGAAUAACAUGAUGGAAUGGCUAGUGGACGAUAAGUUGCGACCAGAACAUAACAAGAAAGCCAACGGCUACUCUACCUGCCAUUUCUGGUCGAAUUUUGAGAUUGGUGAUAUGAACUUCUUCCGCAGUGAGGCCUAUGAGGCUUACUUCAACCACCUUGAUCGUGCCGGUGGAUUCUUCUAUGAACGAUGGGGUGAUGCUCCUGUUCACUCGAUUGCUUUGGGUCUUUUUGAAGAUGCAAGCAAGGUUCAUUGGUUCCGAGACAUUGGCUACCGUCACAUUCCCUACUUCAACUGUCCCAAUUCACCCAAAUGCUCAGGUUGUACACCCGGCAAAUUCUACGAGGGAGCAUCUUUCUUGGCCAAAGAAGAUUGCCGUCCAAACUACUUCAAGUAUGUUGGAACCCAUUGAUCAUGUUCAUGGUCAUGGUACAUAAUGUGUUAUGACAUUAUUCUUUUGUAUCUAUCCUUCCCCCUUCCGACUUCAUUCCUCCUGUAAUUUUACAGACGAAUUGUUUAUGAGACUAUUGUUCAUUAUAUAUGAAUCUAUCUUGGAAAUAAUACAGCGGAGAACGGCGUUUUUCAAUGUUUUCAGUUCUUUUGAUUCAGAGCUUUGGAAGAAAUUGUGAUUACUCGUAUACAAGAUACAUACAAAAUGCACUUAUCUAUUGUACCUUG